AUGGUCACUGAAGUGAGGUAUCUUCGUGUGGUUCUUUAUACAGCAGAAAGAGCUUGGAGCCAUGCUAUGGAAAAGAAAACGCUGCCAGAUGGUCCAAAUGCACGUCAGCGUGGCUAUCUGAUUGGUAGGCUGCGAAAAGCAGUCAAAUGGGCUACUUUGUUUCAAGACUUGUGUUCCAUUAAGGGAGAUUCUAGGACAUCUUUGGAAGCAGAGCUCUUGAAAUCCGCUCAGAUGCAGCAUGGAUUGCGGUUUGGCGAUUACGCUCGUUACCGGAGGUACUGUACUGCUCGGCUCAGGAGAUUGUACAAGUCGUUGAAAUUCACGCAUGGCCGUGGUAAAUAUAGUAAAAGGGCGAUUACAGCUUCUAUGGUCACUGAAGUGAGGUAUCUUCAUGUGGUUCUUUAUACAGCAGAAAGAGCUUGGAGCCAUGCUAUGGAAAAGAAAACGCUGCCAGAUGGUCCAAAUGCACGUCAGCGUGGCUAUCUGAUUGGUAGGCUGCGAAAAGCAGUCAAAUGGGCUACUUUGUUUCAAGACUUGUGUUCCAUUAAGGGAGAUUCUAGGACAUCUUUGGAAGCAGAGGUGUGCUGA